UUGCUGGGAAGCACGUUCUCGCACAUCACUCUGCCGCAUUUCGCUUUCAACAUGUUCGCGCUCUUCUCCUUUGGCCAGCCGCUGGUCGACGUGCUGGGACCUGAGAACUUUCUCGCCUGCUACCUGUCAGCUGGAGUUCUUUCCAGCCUCGGAGGCAUGAUGAUCAAGCUGAUGACGACCUGCACGACUCCUUCCUUGGGAGCGAGUGGUGCAGUCCUCUUCAUGGCAUCCCUCACUGCUCUGCUCUGGCCAUCGGCUCAGUUCGGUAUCAUUUUCCUGCCUUUCAUUUCUCUCCCAGCACAAACUAUGCUGCUCGGCAUUGUUGCCUUGGACAUCUCUGGCCUCGUCCUCGGGUGGAGGAUGUUCGAUCACGGAGCUCACCUUGCAGCGGUUGCUACGGGGUUCUUGUUUGUCAAUGGGGGAGCGAAAUGGAUCUCAGAGUAUCAACAUUACGUUGUUAAAGUAUGGAGGGACAUGCGUGCACGCAAGGUCUGA